AUGCCAAAACAGUACGAGAGAAAAAGCAAUGAAGAGAAGAUGAGGGAAAGCGUCGACUUGAUACUGAAUGCUCCGAUUGGAUCACUUCAACCCAACAGUUGGCUGGAGGCUCACAAAGUCAUUGAGCAUAUAGCAGAAAUCGAAAAGAUCUCCGAAGCCUUUCGAAUACUGGAUAGACUUGCAAAGGAACCAACUGCAAAAACAAAACUGAGUCAUGACGCAAUCUACACCGUCGUCCAAAAAUGGUUCACAAUGUGCCAUCAUCAGAAAAAAAUGGUUUUCCCGCCGAUGAAAGUUUGGCAAAACAUCGAAGCGUACGAAAAGGUCGGAAUCAUCAUGGAAAGUAGGACAUACCAUCGAAUCAUUGAAGCGUUGGCAAUUGGAAAAUUCUCGAAACCAAGCAACAAAUACGGCCCCGUUGGACCUGUCCUUGCGGAAAAGAUUUUGGAACGAAUGAUGGAGAAAUCAAGUCACUCUAAUCCUGUCGUCAGGCCAUCAACUUAUACAUUCAAUGCUGUUCUAGUUGCGUGGCAAAAUGCCGCUUCCAGGUCUUCAUGGGCAAAGAAGGAAGCACCACAACGGUCCCUUGCAUUGCUCAAUAAACUUAAGAUGCUAUACGAUGCAAGAUGGGGACCAGAGCUAAGUCCGGACAAGGAUGUGUAUCGAAGAGUCAUGAACAUUUUCGCCCACCGUGGAGAGGGCGAUCAAGUUGAAGCACUUCUAGAAGAAAUGUAUGAACGAUAUUGGGAUGAAGGACAACCCGCAAACUUGGUGCCUACCAAUUCACAUUUUUCUUUGGUCCUUUUUGCUUGGUCCAAAUCGGACGAUCCUUCAGCUGCCGAACGAGCUAAUCAAAUUUUGGAGCGCAUGUUGGAAAUGGAAACAAGUGGUGAGAUCCCAGGCCUUCAAGUUUCUGCCUUUUGCUUCAAUAUUGUCAUGAUAUGCAUGAGCCGUGCAAGAACAAAGGAAGCGGCGUUGGAAGUCCAAAAGCUGUUUGAACGAAUGUUAGAGCUUGCGAAGACAGACAAAGCCAAGAAACCAGUGGGUGGCACAUACACUGCAUUAAUAGGCAAUUGGAGUAGUUUUGAUGCUGCCAAAGCUGAGGAAGUCUUUUGGACAUGGAAGGAAGAACAUGAGAAUGGGAAAUGCGGCAUGAAACUGGAUUCCAGGUUGCUUGGAACCCUCAUUGCAGGUUGCUACAAAUCCAAGACCAUCCCCGAUACCGCCGAACGGUGUGAUCGCCUCUUACAAUACGCUUUGGGCGCCGACCUGAAAACCUUUGAACCUUCCGUUGUACUCUUUAACAUGACAAUAAAUGCCUAUUGUCGAAAAAAGACAAUGGGUGGUGUAGAACGAGCCGAAGAGUUGCUACGUCAAAUGGAGGAUUACAAGGACAUCCUUAGUCCUACCAUUUUUAGCUAUGUUCCAAUCAUUCAAACGCUGGCAGGACUUGGUCAUGUCGAACGAGCUGAACAACUUCUGCUGGAGUGGUACAGUAGCGAAGGCCGAAACAAAAAGUCUAACCAUAGCCCCAGUAUGAAAAUGAAGAAGAGGCUUGACACACAGACCUUCAACAGUUUACUGCGAGCCUGGCUCUCAAAAACAAAGAUCAACCCCGAGGCUGCUGCCCGAGCCGAAGAGCUCUUGCUGACCAUGCGCCGGUUGGGGGUCCGAACAAAUGCCCUCUCCUUCCAGUUGGCCCUCCAAUGCCGACAACGAGCCAACCACGACUCGAUACAAACAACUCGAGACUGGGAACGUGUGGACGACAUUGUUUCCUUCUUGUACGACGAGUAUAAGAGUGGAGCUCCCAUAAAAAACGAUACUCUCGUCAAGAUGGUCAAUGAUUGGUCUGUGCUAAAAAUAUAA